UAUCUUUUAUUCCUAAUUCAAUUGCAACAGGUAAUACAUGGUUUAUUGCAGACACUCGGUCGUCCCCUACGAGUACUAUCUUUAUCUCAGUAUCAAAUGGUUGAUUUGAGUGAUUCAAUUAGCAAAUUCAAGCUACUACGAUAUCUGAAUCUCUCUGGAACAUCAAUCAAAAGCUUCUCCACACCUACCAAACUGUAUUUCUUGCAAAUUUUGAUCUUGCGUGAGUGUCCAAACUUAGUUGCGUUGCCGAGUAACAUGUCAAAAUUAAUCAAAUUAUGUCAUCUUGACAUUAGAGGAACUGAACUGCAAGAGAUGCCACCACAAAUGGGUGAACUCAAAAAGCUCCGGAAGUUGACUGAUUUCUUUCUAGGAAAACAGAGCGUGUCUAGCAUCAAGGAAUUGGGGAAGCUUCAAGAACUUCAGGGAGAGCUUUGUAUCUGGAAUCUCCAGCACGUUGAGAAGGCCAAAGAUGCUGCAGAAGCCAACUUGUGCGGUAAGGAGAAACUUGUGAAAUUGGAGUUGAGAUGGGACUGGGACAUCCAAGCUAAUAUUGAUCCGAAGCAUGAAAAAAGUGUGCUAGAGUCGUUAGAACCCCAUAAAGGUCUGGACUAUCUUUCAAUAUAUGGUUAUGGAGGUACCAGAUUUCCAGAUUGGGUAGGACACUCUUCUUUUUCUUGUAUGGUGUCGCUGGAGUUGAGUGGAUGUGGAAACUGCUCUUCUUUGCCACCACUUGGGCAGCUACCAUCUCUAGAAUAUCUUACUAUCGAAUCCUUCAAUAAAGUUGAGGUUGUUGGUCGUGAGUUCUAUGGAAGUUGCACAUCCAUGAAGAAGCCAUUUGGAUCUUUGAAAGUACUGAGAUUUUCAUAUAUGAGAGGAUGGCGUGAGUGGAUUUCAUGUGAAGGAGCCUUUCCUGUCCUUCAAGAGCUUCACGUAAGGAGAAGUGACAACCUAAAGAAGGCUGCCCUGCCUGGUCAUCUUCCUUGUUUAACAAUACUAGAUGUUGGUGGUUGUCAGCAGUUUGCAGCUGCACUUCGAGGGGCUCCAGCUAUAUUUAGAGUGAUGACUGCAGAUGUGCAAUUGGAGAAACUGCCUUCUGGGUUGUACAGCCUCAUAAGUUAUAGAUUCGAGUUUGCAACGGAGAUAAUGGAAAGAAUUGGUCUUCUUCCUAAUGCUUUAGAAGAAAUUGUAAUCUAUGACUCUUAUUCACUUGGGAGCUUUCCACUAAAGUUGUUUAGUGAGGUAAAGACUCUUAAAGUAGGAAGAUGUGGAAAUCUGGAUGAUUUUUUUACACCUGAGGCAAAUGCGAAUUUUACAUCUCUUGAUUCCUUGGAAAUUAAGGAAUGCCGUUACUUUGUAUCUUUUCCUGAAGGAGGAUUGCCCGCCUCAAAUUUGACAAGACUUUCAUUAUAUGAUUGCUCGAGUUUGAAGUCACUACCUCAGAAUAUGCGCUCUCUUCUCUCUUCCCUUGUUGAUUUGAGUAUAUUGCGUUGUCCAGCGCUAGAGUCGUUUCCUAAGGAUGGGCUACCCUCCUCCCUUUCUUCUCUAAGUAUCCGUUAUUGUCCACAACUCGAGCCAUUUCCAAAAGGAUGUUUGCCUGAAAAAUUAGAAUCGCUGGAUGUUGGCCAUGAUUGCAACAAACUGAUCGCAGGCCACAUGCAGUGGGAUCUGCAAACCCUCCCCUCUCUCGUGAAAAUUGCUAUUGAAAGCUGUGACGAUGUGGUAGCUUUUCCAGGGGAGAUGCUGCUGCCAUCUACUCUUAUCUCUCUUGAAAUUAAUGGUUUUCAAAACCUGAAAUCCAUAGACUACAAGGGACUUCAAGACCUCAAAAAUUUGACAGUAGUCAAUUGUCCAAAGCUUGAGUUGUUUCUGGGAGGGGUUUUGCCAUCUCAAUUAGAAUCACUUCGCAUUUAUCAGUGCAGCAAACUCAUUGCUCACCUCAUGCAUUGGGAUUUGCGAGCAGUGUCCUCUCUUUUGGAGCUUACCAUUGAUGGGUACGAUGGCGUUGACAUGGUCUCCUUUCCUGGGAAGAUGCUGCUGCCAUCCGCUCUUACCUCACUUAAUCUCUACAGUCUUGAGAAUCUGAAGUUUCUGGACAAGGGGCUUCUACACCUCACCUCUCUUAAAAAAUUGAGGAUAGAUCGAUGCUAUAAUCUUCAAUCCCUGCCUGAAGAAGGGCUGCCGUCGUCCAUUACUUCGCUAGAUAUCGUUGUUUGCCGUUUGUUGCAACCGAAGUGUGAAUUAGGUGGGGAAUAUUGGCCAUUGAUUUCUCAAAUCCCUCAAGUAAUGAUGGACUAGAUGAUCUCUGGUUUAUCUUUCAUCCAAACUCUUGAAGUAUUGGAGCAUCAAAUCUCCACAACAGUAGAUUCAAAAAUCUAGAGGCUUGUAAUUGAUUCCACUCUGAGCCCAAUUCCAGGUGAACUAUGAUGUUGUGUUUCGCAAUUGGAAAGUAUUUUUGGUGGACAAAAUCUAUGGUCAAAUUAUCAGUCCUUGGGAGAAGCGACAGCCAUAUUCGCGCAAUUGGGCUACUAAUGCAGGGUGCAAAAUCCUGGCAAUGACAUUAAUAUCUUUCCACUAGCUGUCUGCUGCAAUCGAGAGAGUAGUAUUGUGAUGCAUUUUAUUCUCUCCGAUUAUUCUCUCCCCAUUCCAUUGUAUUUGCUAACACAUGCAAAUUAUUUUUAUGAGAUCAGAAACAUUUUAAAGCAAAUUUGCUUCAUUUUUGCUUUGCAAUAUUCUUAAGAGAUAUCUUUUUAUUUUUGAUUUGAGGGUUGAAGUUUAGAUUACUUGACAAACUACUUUCAAGAAUAAAAAAUUCAUAAAAUGCUCAUGUAUACAUACCUAAAAUAUUCCUUAAAUAAAAUGGGGGAAUAUUUUCUA